AAAUGUCAGUGGACUGAUUUGUAACCACUGAAAAUGUCUGUGGAUUUUAUCCGUAGGCACAAGCCUGCUCUGCUGAAAGUAUUGUCCACAGAGGCCACAUUUAUUUUGCAGCAUGUUGAUGCAAUGUACAUCAUAGACCGCCAAUCUUAUAUUAAUAUUAUGGAUAUACCGAAAGCAGGAGACAAGAUGAUUAAACUACUGGAUAAACUGAUACUCGAUAAAAACUGUGAUGGAUUCCUACAACUACUACUUGAAGAAGAAAUCCAAGAACUUUUACCGGGGCUUAAAGCAAUCAUGAAGAAUCAAGAACUCAGCAGACAAGACAGCAGAGACGGGCAACUGCCAGAUUGCACACAGCCUGGAGCAAGUGGAAGUGUGGCCAAUGGGCAAGACCACCUCUCUACUGGAAGGCCAAGAGAAAGAGCAGUGGAGGUCUCCGGGCCAGUGAUCAGACCAGUUGAAGGGGCAGGGGUCGAUGGUCACAGUGAUUGCCAAGCGUCAACUGGAUCAGGAGGACUGCUUGAGAAAAGGCAGCAUUUAAAUCUGGAAAACUGUUCUUUUGCUAGAAUAGAGGAGUUGGUUUCAAAUCCUGAAAAAGCAGAAACACUGAUGUCUGAACUACAGAACAAACUGAAGGAUGGAGAAAUGGACAGAAUUGAGAGGGAAUUGCGAAGCAAAAAAUGUAUAAAGGAAAACUGGUGUUAUACAACCAUAACCAAAAUCAAAAACAACCAAGGACUGAAAGAAUUCCUUGAACCCGGAGAACAAAAGAUAUUUCCUUCAAUUGUUUUCGAUUUGUUUGAAAACAACAGGGGGAAAAAGGAAACGAAAAAUGAAGAAUUGAAUGAAUCUGAUGUCUCGUUAGAAGACACUGAGACUAGAGUGGAAAUUCAACCUAAAGAGAGAGUAAAUGACAAUUUGGAACACACUCAUCAAGCCUCAGAGAAUAACUUACAAUUUCCAGCCAAAGAUUCAUACCUAAACAGCAAUGCCCAGGACUCAGAACACAGUUAUCUGAAAGAAGAGUUCCUCAUCAACUCUGGCCACCAGAGUUACCAAACCAAAAGUGAGCCAUGCAUGAGAAUGCAGACCAGUGAAGCCAAUGGAGAGAAAGAUGAGUUUAAACCCGCUGAGAAGGACCCUUUAUCUGACAGUGGACAUGAAAGUAUUUUUGACACCAUGAACAACAGUUAUGGAACGUUAUCAACAAAGAUGAGCAGCCUUGAGGGAAAGGAAGGGAAGAGGGUGGAAGUAUCUUCUGCUCUUAAAAGGGAUAGAUUGUCUGCUGAGCAUCAAUAUUCAGCUGAUGAGAUACCACCAAAGGUCGCUAAACACAUAGAUGCCACGGAUUGUGACCACGAAGCAAAAAAUAGCACAGAAACUAAUGUUGAUAAGUGCCCCUGCAUGGUUGAAUAUUCACUGAUCAAUCAUGCAAAUUCAAUUCUACAUGUUACACAAAAUUCAUAUUUAGCAAACACUGAUGUCAUGUCAAACCAGCAGUCUGAGAACAUUUCCCACACUUCUGAAUCAGUCUUCCAAACUGAGAACAACUUAGACAAAGAUGUGGAAAUGAGUGUAGAAGGAAUCAUUGCUAGAAUGGAGCAUCAAUCUGAUGAGAUACAGGUCAGUUUAAAGCAGAUUCAGAGCCGAGAUUCACAGAACAUUCCAGCAAAAAAUACACGUUCAUCUGCCUUAGAUUGUGACAAUUUAGAAAUGGACACCAAUGUUCAAAGAUACAGAGAAGAUUCAGAUGUUUUGCAGGGUACAACAGACAAGUCUUCCAACAUGGAAGCUGAUGGAACAAAUGAUAAAGAAAAUUUUGCUGAUGAACUACCAUCAAAGGUUGAUAAACACAUAGAUGCCCCAAGUUCAGAGCAUGAAACACUUGUUAAUGCAAGCCUAUGUGAGCCAACUAUACCUAAAAAUCAGGGACAUUCUACAGAGACCCCACAGUCAGAUACAGCAGUGGAGCUAGAGCCUAGUCAGAGUAGUCCUACAGAUGCAAUGAAGAGCAGACUAAACAAUGAUGCCAGGGCCUCUGACUAUAGUCAUGUGGAAGAAAAGGCCUUUACAAAUAGUGGGAAUCCGUUUCAAAGUGAACAAAAUAACACUUCAGCAAACCCAGGUAAGCAUGUACAUAGUAGUGAGGAUAAUGAUGGGGAAAGUGAGCAUGAAGCUAUUGAAGAACACUUUUCACCUGAUAGUAGUCAUGAAGAUAACAAUGCCAAUUCCAAGGAUGUAUUGAUAAAGGGGGACAGAUUUGAAUCAAACAAUCUUCAUGCAACCUCAAAAGAAGCACAGACACAAGCUAAUGGAUAUCCUGUGCUUCAAAACAUUGAAACUGAAACUUCCAAAGAUUAUGAUUUAUCUUUAGAGAUGUUUUUUACAGGGACUUCAGACACAAUAGACACAACAACACAUAUGAGAACACAAGCCAUUAAGACAUUGGCUGCAGAGGCUAAGGAUUUUGACCAUGAGGCAAAAAAUACAGAAAUUAAUGUUGAUAAAUGCCCCUUAGUUGAAUGUUCACUGAUUAAUCACACAAUUCCAAUUCCUCAUGUUACACAAAAUUCAUAUUCAGCAAACACUGAUGACAUGUCAAACCAGAAUUCUGAGAAAAGUUCCCACACAGCUGUUGUCCACACUUCUGACUCAGUAUUCCAAACUGAGGACAACUUAGACAAAUAUGUGGAAAUUAGUGAAUCUGUUGCUUCAGAAGGUAUCAUUGCUGAAACUAAGCAUCAGCCUGAUGACAUACAUGACAGUUUGAAGCAGAUUCAGAGCCAAUAUUCUCAUAACAUGGCCAUUCCAUCAAAAAAUAGAAGUUUGUCUGCCUCAGAUUGUGACGAUUUAGAAAUUGACACUAAUGUUCAAAGAAACAUAGAGGAUGUUUUGGGGGGUUCAACAGACAAGUCUUCCAAAAUGGAAGUAGAUGGAACAAAUGAUAAAGAAAAUUCAGAGGUGGACGAUCUUGACCCUUCAUAUAAAUGUUCACGCAAUGUUUAUGACUCUGUUGAGCUGGAAGAAUCCAGUGAGAGAGUUCAUUCAGAUCCCAUUCAUAACUCAGAGACCAAAAACAGUCCAAUGGAAAAUGCUCAAAAAAUCCCUUUGUCUCAACCCCCAUCUGUGGAAGGAUCAACUGUUUCAACAGUUAACAAAAAAAGUGUUUUUAAAAAUGAAAAAGACAAACAAAAAGCUAAAAGGCCACACAAAAGAAAAGACCCUAAUUUGGAGAAAGAAUGGAAGAAAGAGCGCCUUGUUAAAUGGUUAGACACUUAUAAAGGAGAAGGGGACACCUUGGAGGAUCUGAAAAAUAGAAUCUCAUGGCAUACUAAACUGGAACAUAAAACAUUUCCUUAUAUCGUGGCAGACCAAUGUACAAUUUUUCAUGUUCCCAAAACAACUGACCGUAAAUUAAUAUUUCUAACCAAUGUAGAUGUAUAUACUGAGAAACUGAGAAAACUGAGAAAACCUUGUUAUGAGAAGCUGCAAUAUCAAAUGGGAGUUUCAGGCAUUAGUGAAACAAUUGUGCUCUCUCCAGAGAAUAAAACGAAGCCAGUCAGAUAUGAUUUCUCCUUUGAGAAUAUUGCUGAACUCUGUCGUAGGCUUGUGUUUGAAGUCCUUGCCCCAGCAAUUAUAGUCUUCAAAAAGGUUCAGAGAGAGAGGGAAUUAUUCUCAGAUGAUUGAUUAUUAUUUGUUAAUAAAUAUACAGGGAUACACAGAGCUUCAGUCAUG